AUGAGAUCUGGGUCCAUGAGGGGCUGGCAUCGCUGUGCUGCACGCUGGAAUUCAGCCAUCAGUGGCUCUCGCUCCCGCCCCGCCUCCGGUUACUUUUUCAAGCUCUCCGAGAGAAGAUUCUGCGGGACCUGGAUACUGAGUGGUCGUCCUAUUUCCGAGCUCCCACAGAGUCGCACCUUCGAUAGGCGAACGGUUCCGAAAGCAAACACUUCUAAUCACCGCCAUGAGCCGCUAAGACCGUCUGCCCCAAUUCGAACAUUUUCCAGCACUCAAACAGUGCCAUUCAAGUCCAUCAUGAACCCCAUCAAUGCUUCUUCCCAUACAGCAUUCAUUGCUCUAGGAAGUAAUGUCGGAGAGCGUGUUGAGAUGAUCGAACAAGCCUGUUUGGAGAUGGAGAGGGCAAACAUCAGGGUUCGACGCACUAGCUCUCUGUUCGAGACAGCUCCUAUGUAUUAUCUUGACCAGAAUCCCUUCAUGAACGGGGUGUGCGAAGUGGAAACCAGCCUGGAGCCUCUAGAGCUACUAGACACUCUGCAGUCUAUCGAAAUCGAUCUAGGUAGAAAGAAGUUGAUUGAUAAAGGCCCACGGUCCAUUGAUCUGGACAUUCUUCUCUACGACCGCCAAAUCUUCUCCCAUGAUCGCCUCAAUAUUCCCCAUAAGCUGAUGUUAGAACGAGACUUCGUCCUCCGACCUCUAUGCCAGCUUAUUCCUCAUGAGAUUGCCCCCUUCCCUGGACACAGCACAACCUAUCUGUCCCACCUCAAAGCCCUUCCUCCGCCAGAGCCUAUCCCUGUAGCAACGACACACAUAUCAAAGAAUUUCCCACCUCUCUGCUCUACAGACCCCAAGCGUCCCACUCACAUAAUGGCCAUCCUCAACCUUACUCCCGACUCAUUCUCUGACGGCGGUGAACACUUGACCAAUGACCUCUCCGUUCUGACAGACACCGUCCGCGACUUUAUCAAGGCCGGCGCAACGAUUAUUGACAUUGGCGGCGAAAGCACCCGUCCAGGCUCCGUACCUGUCGGCGAAGACGAGGAAUUGGCCCGUGUCAUCCCAGCCAUCAAACACAUCCGUGCCUCCAUCCCUGAAGCCGCCAAAAUCGCCAUCAGCAUCGACACCUACCGCGCCCGCGUAGCCGAAGAGGCCUGCGCCGCUGGUGCAGACAUCAUCAACGAUGUCUCUGCAGGCCUGCUCGACCCAGAAAUGCUCCCGACGAUGGCUCGCACUGGCAAAUCCGUCAUCCUAAUGCACAUGCGCGGCUCUCCCUCGACCAUGACCAAACUAACAGAGUACCCUAAUGGCGUCAUCCAAGACGUAAGCAAAGAACUCCUGGACCGUCUCGCUGCCGCCGAAGCAGCCGGUAUCCGUCGCUGGCGAAUCAUCCUCGACCCAGGUCUCGGGUUCGCAAAAAACAUGCCCGAAGAUCUGACUAUCCUUCGGGACUUGGAGAAAUUCCGCACAGACAUUGAGGGACUAGAAUACUUUCCAUGGCUGAUGGGGCCCUCCCGGAAGCGGUUUAUCGGGCACCUAACAGGUGUCCAGAAGGCCAGUGAGCGUACCUGGGGCACUGCAGCUACUGUAACGGCCAGUAUUGCAGGGGGAGCGGAUAUCAUUCGUGUCCACGAUGUCAAGGAAAUGUGGCAAGUUGCCAGGGUCGCAGAUGCUAUAUAUAGGGGGGGUUCGUGACGAUAAAAGAUUUAUUUACAUAUAUGGUUAAAUAAAUAUAUAUAUAUAUAUAUUAUAUAUCUAUGGAUUUUAGGGAGUAGGCUUAUUCCAAGCUAAAAUACCAUCUCACUCCAACAUAAGUGAAU